AUGAAGUUCACCAUCUUUACCAUCGCUCUUGCUGCCACUGGCGGCUUGGCCGCGGUUGCAGCCGUUCCCGGGGUCGACAGCCUCGAAAAACGAGACGGCCCGGGCAUUGUCAAUGCCGCAGCCAGCGUCAAAGGCACUCCAUAUGUUUACGGCGGCGGUGGUUGCAACGGUCCCAGCAAAGGAGGAUUCGACUGUUCUGGUCUCACCCAGUUUUCCGUGUGCAAAGGACAAGGUGGAAAAACUAUUCCCCGCACCGCGCAGCAGCAAUACCACUCCAACAUGGGUCGACGUAUUCCUCGAGGCCAAGCUGCGGCUGGAGAUAUGGUCUUCUGGGGCACCAAUGGCGAUUGCGCCAACAGAGUUGUUCAUGUUGGUAUCGUCGUCCGCCCUGGUGUCAUGAUCAACGCGGCUACUCCUGGAACUGUGGUUCGUGAACAAAACAUCUGGACAUCUAGUGGUGGUCUUUCGAUCUGCCCUGAUGCUGUGCGAUUCUGGUAA